AUGACGUCAGUGAUUCCUAUUGCAGCGUCACCUAUGAAGCGUGCCAACAACUUGAGACACUCUGACCCCCUGGCUAGUGUCAUCUUCAGAGGGUCUAAGAAGAAGACAAAAGUCAUCAAGAACAAUCCCAACCCCGUCUGGAAUGAGGGUUUUGAAUGGGAUCUUAAGGGGAUUCCUCUGGACUCUGGAGCAGAGCUGCACUGUGUUGUCAAAGACCAUGAGAAGAUGGGGAGGAACAGGUUUCUGGGUGAAACCCGACUGUCUCUCAGAGAUGUGCUCAACUCUCCAAACCUGGCUGCCUCCUUCACAAUGUCCCUGCUGGACACCAAGAGAAACAACACAGGGGCCACACUGACCCUGCAGGUUUCCUACAUCCCUCCACCAGGAUCGGCUCCAAUCUUCCAGCCUCCCCCCCAGCCGGAGGUCAUGCCCCAUAACAACCCCAGUGUGGAGAUGGACACCAUCACAAUGAUUUCUCUGGACACUCUGGGCGAGGAGGAUACAGAGAGUAUGAUGAUGCUGGAGCCCACAGAAGACCAGGGCCCUGAUGACGGACGCUCCAUGGUGAUCGUCGGCACCCAGGGAAAUCAGGGCCAGGAGUCCCCCGCUGCCCAGACACCCAAACGAUCGCCACCGUCCUACAACACCCAAGGAGGGCUGAGGAAGAGGAGGAGAGGAGCCAGCAGUCAGCCCAAACCUCUGCCCAACAAACCACAGGACAUCCAGAUUCGUGUGCGAGUCAUUGAGGGACGACAGUUGCCCGGCAUCAACAUCAAGCCUGUUGUCAAGAUAGCGAUAGCAGGGCAGACCAAGAGGACUCGCAUCAGAAAAGGAAACAACCCAGUGUUUGAUGAGACAUUUUUCAUGAACUUCUUUGAGACUCCGUCAGACUUGUUUGAUGAACCAAUCUUCAUUACUGUGUGUGACUCUCGCUCUCUGAGAACGGAUGCUGUGAUCGGUGAAUUCAAGUUGGAUGUUGGCACUGUCUACAGUGAGCACAGACACUGCUUCUUGAGAAAAUGGCUUCUGCUGUGUGACUCCGACGACCUCUCUGCUGGAGUUAAGGGUUACCUAAAAGUCAGCUUGUUCGUCUUGGCCGCUGGAGACGAGCCACCGGCUGAUAGGCGUGAUUGUGUGGAGGAGAAAGAGGAUAUCGAAGGAAACCUGCUGAGACCAGCUGGUCUGUCUCUGAGAGGAGCCACCUUCACCAUGAGGAUUUUCAGAGCUGAAGACCUCCCACAGAUGGAUGAUGCCUUCAUGGAUGGGAUGAGGCAGGUUUUUGGAUUCGACAGCAACAGGAAGAACUUGGUGGAUCCUCUGGUGGAGAUCCACUUUGCUGGCAAAACAGUCUGCACUAAGAUUCUGGAGAAAAACGCCAAUCCACAAUGGCACCAGAGUCUGACCAUGCCAAUUAGGUUUCCUUCUAUGUGUGAGAAGAUGAGGAUCAGAAUUCUGGACUGGGACAGAGCCAGUCACAAUGAUGUUAUCGGCACUGCCCAGCUGUGCAUGUCUAAGAUCUCCGCUCCAGGUGGAGAAAUAGAUGAUGACUUGUCUCCACGGACCGUCCAACCUGGCAUUGAUGACACUCUUGGUUUCCUGCCGACGUUCGGCCCAUGUUUCGUCAAUCUUUACGGCAGCCCCAGAGAGUUCACCGCCUUCAAUGACCCUCAUGAAGCUCUAAAUCUCGGAAAAGGUGAGGGUGUGGCAUACCGAGGUCGAGUUUUAAUGGAACUAACCACAAAACUGGUGGACAAACCGGAGCCAAAAUCCGAAGACAUCCCAUCAGAUGAUCUGCUGGUGGUUGAGAAAUUUCUCAGGAAGAGGAAGUUCUCUCUCUUCGUCGCGUUUUAUUCGGCCACACUCCUCCAGGACGUCGACGACGCCAUCCAGUUCGAGGUCAGCAUCGGUAACUACGGCAACAAGUUCGACUACACCUGCCUCCCUCUGGCGUCCACCACACAGUUCAGCAGGGCUGUGUUUGACGGUUGCCACUACUACUACCUCCCCUGGGGAAACGUGAAGCCGGUGGUGGUUCUGUCGUCAGAGUGGGAAGAUAUCAAACCGAGGAUCGAGGCCCUCAACAUGCUGCAGGCGAUCAUAGAUAGACUGGAGGAGAACCUGCAGCGGGUGCAGCUGGAAGUGAAGGCAGGCAGUGAUCUGGAGGAGGUGGAGCUCCGAGUGGUCGAGCUGCUGGAACAGGUCAUUACAGACUGCAGCGAAGAGCUGCCCUCUCUCGACCAGUGGCAGUGCGUGACCCCUCUGGAUCGCUCGUUGAGGCACAUUCGUACUCUGCACCUGCAACAGAUUAUUGCGGCGGCACUGGCUCUCAAACACGGGCCGGCCACUGAUCUCUCAACAGUGCUGGAUCAGGCGGAGGACUGGGCCAACAGGCUGAGAUCCAUGGCCGAGGAGCCCCAGAACAGUCUUCCAGACAUCGUGAUUUGGAUGCUGCAGGGCGACCGCAGGGUGGCGUACCACCGGAUCCCAGCACACACCGUGGUCUUCUCCCAGCAGAACUGUGGGAAACACUGCGGACAGCUGCAGACCGUCUUACUCAAGUACCCGCAGGGCAGCGGUGCAGAAGCCAAACUUCCCGGCCAGCUGAGGGUCAAAGUCUGGUUCGGAUUGGCUGCUGACGUCAAACACUUCAACGACUACGCUGAAGGAAAACUGUCCGUCUUUGCUGAAACGUAUGAGAACCAGACCCGGCUCGCCCUAGUGGGCAACUGGGGGACUACAGGUCUGACGUACCCCAAGUUCAGCGACGUCACCGGAAGAGUGAAAUUGCCCAAAGAGAGUUUCAAACCUUCGCCCGGCUGGACCUGGGCCGGGGACUGGUGCAUCAGCCCUGAGAAGACACUGCUGUUUGCCGAGGACGCCGGUCACAUGACCUUCUCAGAGGAAGUGUUUGAAAACCAGAUGAGGUUACCGGGCGGACAGUGGAUCGGCAUGCCGGAGGGUUACACUGAUGUGAACGGGGAGAAAGCGGUGCCGAAAGACGAUGUGGAGUGUCCUCCUGGCUGGGUGUGGGAGGAGGUGGAGUGGAGCGAAGACCUCAACAGAGCUGUGGAUGAUCAAGGCUGGGAGUACGGCAUCACCAUCCCUCCGGACCGCCGCCCCAAGUCUUGGGUACCAGCCGAGAAGAUGUACCACACCAACCGACGAAGACGGUGGAUACGGAUGAGAAGGCGAGACCAGCAGAAGAUGGACGCCCUCCGAAAGCAGCGUCCAGAUGAGACGGAGAAGGAGGGUUGGGAGUACGCCUCGCUGUUCGGCUGGAAGUUCCACCUCAAGCCGAGGAAGACGGACAGCUUCAGGAGGCGCAGGUGGAGGUGCCGCAUGGAGCCGCUGGAGAAGACGGGACCGGCGGCCAUCUUUGCUCUGGAGUGCUCUCUGAGCAGUAUAGAGGACAAGAGCGAUGACAAGUCAGUCACAACCACUUUCGGAGUCAACCGACCAACGAUUUCUUGCAUCUUUGAACGUGGCACACGCUACCACUUGCGCUGCUACCUCUACCAAGCCAGAGACCUGCUGGCCAUGGACAAAGACAGCUUCUCAGACCCCUACGCCAUCGUGUCCUUCCUCCAUCAGUCCCAGAAGACGGUGACGGUGCGCAACAGCCUCAAUCCCACCUGGGACCAGACGCUCAUCUUCUACGAGGUGGAGAUUUUCGGCGACCCCGAGGUGGUGACGGCCAGUCCGCCCAACGUCGUUGUGGAGUUUUACGACCAGGAUACCUACGGUGCGGAUGAGUUCAUGGGCCGCUGUGCGUGCCAGCCCUCCUUCAUUUCUUCCCCUCGUCUGGAGUGGAUCCCGAUUCACAAAGGGGAGAAGAACGCCGGCGAGCUAUUGGCCGCAUUCGAGCUCAUACGCAGAGAUAAGCCAGCAGUUCACCAUAUUCCAGGUCAAGAGGGAGACAUCUUGACCUCCUCCAAUGUCCUAGAUGAGUUAAUACUUCCAGGAUUCCUCUCUGAAAACCUGCAGGAAUGGCCGGAGGAGUCGGACCUCCCGUAUCCGCCCCCUCAGAGAGAGCCCAACGUCUUCGUGGUUCCUCAGGGCAUCAAACCUGUUCUGCAGAGAACCGCCAUUGAGAUCUUAGCGUGGGGCGUUCGUAACCUGAAGAGUUUCCAGCUGGCCACCGUUACCUCUCCGAGCCUGCAGGUGGAGUGUGGCGGCGCCAUGGUCCAGAGCUGCGUCAUCCGCAGCAUGAAGAAGAAACCCAACUUUGACGUCAACAUGCUCAUCCUUGAUGUGAGACUUCCCUGUGAGGAGCUCUACAUGCCACCAAUCAUAAUCAAAGUCAUCGACAACCGUCAGUUCGGGAGGAAGCCCGUGGUCGGUCAGUGCACCAUCCGCUCGCUGGAGGAGUUCCGGUGCAGCCUGCAGGACGAAGGAGGGGAUGUGGAGGUGGAGGAAGGGAGAGGUGAUUUGCCGCACUUCAGCGGAGAUGUUCUGAUUGACAUCGACGACCAUGAGCCGCUCAUAUCUGACCAGCUCGCAGACGGAGCCGGUUCAGCUAUCAUUAACCUUUCCACCUCUAGUUCCAGCCUUCAUAUGUUACAGUGGGCAGAAGAGUUCAUGGACUGGUGGAGUAAGUUUUACGCCUCGAUUGGAGAGAAAAACAAGUGCGGGACGUACCUGGAGAGAGGCUUCGACACGCUGAAGGUGUAUGACCAGGAGUUAGAGAAGGUCAAGGGCUUUGAGGGUCUCUCCGAUUUCUGUCAAACGUUCAAACUGUACAGAGGAAGGACUCAGGAUGAAGGAGAAGAUCCGUCAGUAGUGGGAGAGUUCAAGGGUAUGUUUAAGAUCUACCCCCUGCCAGACGACCCCUCCGUCGCCACCCCGCCCAGACAGUUCAGAAAGCUUCCUCCCAACGGCAUCGAGGACUGUUUGGUCCGAGUCUACAUCAUCCAGGCUGAAGGGCUGCAGCCCAAAGAUACACAUGGGAAGUGUGAUCCAUAUGUGAAAAUCACGUUGGGGAAAAAGACGAUCAAUGACCAUGAAAACUACAUCCCCUCUACUCUGGAGCCCGUCUUUGGAAAGUUGUUCGAGUUGAACUGUUCGCUCCCUGUGGAGAAGGACCUUCGGGUGAUGGUGUACGACCACGACAUGAUGACCAAAGACGAUAAGAUCGGAGAGACGGUCAUCGACCUGGAGAACCGCUUCCUGUCCAAAUAUGGAGCCAUGUGUGGCCUGCCGCAGUCCUACUGUGUAUCGGGGCUAAACCAGUGGCGAGACCAGUGGACACCCAGGCAGCUGCUGUCUAAAGUGUGCGAGCGACGAAACCUGCGAAAGCCCGUCUACAGAAACGAAGUCGUCUACUUCAGAGGAGACGAAUACACCGCUGCAGACCUCGAAGACAAACACAUGUCCAAACGUCAUCUUGGCUCAAUCGAGGAGCGACUGGCCCUCCACAUCUUGAGGAAACUGGAACUGGUACCCGAACAUGUGGAGACAAGACCCCUGUACAGCCCGAUGCAACCUGACAUAGAGCAGGGCCGUCUGAUGAUGUGGGUGGACGUGUUCCCCAAGUCUCUGGGACCGCCGGGACCCCCGUUCAACGUCACACCACGCAAGGCUAAGAGGUUUUUCCUGCGUUGCAUCAUCUGGAACACCAGUGAUGUCAUCCUGGAUGACGUCAGCAUCAGCGGGGAGAAGAUGAGCGACAUUUAUGUGAAAGGCUGGAUCGACGGACACGAACACAACAAGCAGAAGACCGACGUCCACUACCGCUCUAUGGGCGGAGAGGGAAACUUCAACUACAGAUUCCUGUUUCCAUUUCACUAUCUACCUGCUGAGCAACUGUGUGUCGUCGACAGGAAGGCACAUUUCUGGAGUUUGGAUAAAGCCGAGACUAAGCUGCCUCCUAAACUGACCAUCCAGAUCUGGGACAACGACAAGUUCUCCUUUGACGACUACCUCGGUCACCUGGCGAUGGACCUGAACCACAUGCUGCGUCCGGCCAAGUCUCCGGAGAAGUGCACCCUGCAGCUGCUGGAGCAGCCGGCGGAAAAACUGGUGUCUCUGUUUGAACAGAAGACCGUCAAAGGAUGGUGGCCCUGCACCUGCAACCAGAACGGAGAGAAGAUCAUCGCUGGGAAGGUGGAGAUGUCUCUGGAGAUCGUGACAGAACAGGAUCAAGAGGAGCGACCGGCCGGCCUCGGUAGAGACGAACCCAACAUGAACCCUCACCUGGAGGAACCUCAGCGUCCAGAGACUUCCUUCCUGUGGUUCUCCUCCCCUUACAAGACUCUCAGGUUCAUCCUGUGGAGGCGCUUCAAGUGGUUUAUCAUCCUCUUCAUCAUCCUCUUCUUCAUCUUCCUCUUCUUCGGCGUCUUCCUCUACUCCUUCCCGAACUACGCUGCCAUGAAGAUGGUGGGACCUUUCGGACCAGCCAAAGGAACAGAGUGAUGACGGGAGCGCGAGGAGGAGAGGCGAACACGAACAAGCAGACACAACGAAGAACGAUGUCGAGUUUCUGAGGCUGAACUGAUUUUACGUGUGUGUCCAUUUGUGCCUUUCCUUUUUAGAUCUGCGCUUCACCGUCUUAUCAUCAGCAUGUGUUGUCCGAGUCCUUUCUUUCCAUCGCCAUGUUAGCAAGGGGUGACUGAGCGACUUCAAACUGUCAAACUUUAUCAUCCUAAAAAAUUCAAACUGGGAACUUUUUUUUGUAUGUCAUUGCUUCAUGUGCUGCCUUCAAGUACAAUCAGAAAAAAUACAUUUUAAUGUCCAAAAAAGUAAAAAAUGGCAAAACUUGCAGCUCAGAUUUAU